AUGGCCGCCAUCUACGGUCACAGCCAAGAAUCACAGAGUGAACAUUUCUCACCAUAUCGACCUGAUGGAAAGCUUUAUGGCUUCAUCUGUAUCGUUACGGGAGCCACUCAGCCCGUUGGCAAAGCGAUUGUGAACGAGCUGGCCGCCCACGGAGCUGCCUGCAUCUACGCUUGUUCCUCUUCCACAACCGACGACUAUGCCAGUCUAGCCGAUGAAGUCAACAAACAGUAUCCGAGCACCAAGGUCAUCGGAUACCCGUUCAAGCUUGCAAACGAGGAGGAUACACUGGCACUCAUUGACGACGUCCUUAAUUCUUGGGGACGACUAGACGUGUAUGUGACAUCGUCUGGUCUGCUGGGACCAGCCUCGAUCAACGAGACAACACCUGCGGAUCUGUAUAAGCUCUUUGAGGCAAACAGUAUGGCUCCUUUCUUUGCGUUGAAGUACGCGCCUGCUGCCAUGCUCAAGACGACACCGGCUGGAAACUAUACGAAUGCUGCACCAAAGGAUCAGGCUUACGGGAGCAUCAUUGUAGUGUCGAGCGUUGCGAGUACUUCUGGUGGGUGCUGGGGCCCUGGUUUCACGAUGGCUUCUCAUGCUUCUCUCGGUGUGGUCCGAGCAGGUGUAGCGACGCUGAAGGGCACGGGUGUACGUAUUAAUGCCAUCUCGCCUGGACAGAUCGACAUCGGUGUCGACCUGAAGGGCUUUGAUAUGCGAGGCAUGAGCGCACAGUUCCCACCCUCGAGCCUGCAGUCGAAGAAAGUGCAGCAGGAAAUUGUUGGACUCGAGAGAUCUGGCGUACCUAUGGAAGUGGCAAAGGUAGCUGGCUUCCUGGCUAGUGGAUUCAGCAGCUAUAUCACCGGCCAAAAUAUGAUUGUUGACGGUGGUGCGAGUGUAAUGAACCCAUUGACAGUGCCGAUAUAG